AAAUUCUCGCUGGUUGAAGAGACUAUAAAUAAAUAAUCAGUAUCGGUUUGGCUGGCCAGAUCAAUGUUUUCGCUGUUCCGUGUUACAUCUGUGUGUGUGUGUGUGUUACGUGUAUCUCAUCAAAUAUUACCCGAUGUGUACGAAAGUUGAUGAUGUUCACAUAUAAAGUGGGUGUGUGCAUGUGAUCGAUUUACGACGGUCACUUUUUGCAAACUUGCGCAUAACACAGCAAAGGUGGACAAAUGUAUUGCCCUUGUCCACCUUGGGUUUCGUUGGUUGGUGCAGGAAACAAACUUUUUUCUUACUCAAGUCCGGUGGUGGUCGACGAUCAUCUUUGCUUCUCUGCUGUCCGAUGCUCACGAUGACUGAAUGAUAGUGAACAACAACGAAAUCUAUUAUUCAAAACCUGAUCAUAUUAACACACACACACACAUGUGAAUGUGAGGUUCCAAAAGAAGAUAGGUGGAAAGCGAGAUUUUGAAACGAAAAAAAACUUAUCAAACAUUUACCGAUAUUUAUUAUUUACAAAACAAAACUAUUCAACAACAUUACACACACACACACACACAAAUCAAUGGCAAAGAACCAGCCCAUUAUUUCGAAUUAAUCGAUAUGUUGAAAAUUCAAAUGUUUUCGUUUUGAUUUGUGUUCAUCAUCAUCAUCAUCGUCCAAUUUGAUUCGAUUCAUAAAUACAUUCAUUCAUUCAUUCAUUCGUUCACCCCCAUUAAUAUGUUUGCGUGUAUGUGGCAAGGAACCUAGAGAAAGCUGGGUUUUAUUUAUUCAUUACACAUGCAAAUUAAAACCCGGCAGUUGUAUGUGUGUGUGUUCAUUUAUUCAUUGCUGGUUAUGUGUGGAACAUCCAAAACACUUAUACACACACACACACCCAUCACUCACAUCUCAUGAAUAAUCUACCAUGCAUCAUAAACGGAUCAAAUUUUCAAAAUAAAUCAUCAAGUGCAAGAAUUCACUUAAUCAAUUAGCAUGCAUUAUAAAUGCACUGAAUGUCAACUACCUUUGUUUCAUGAAUUUCAGCAGUGAAACACACACACAGUCACUGACCGAUCGACCAUCUUAACCCUUUCGCUAAUUGGAGCGAGAAUCAAUUUAAUGUGUGCGUGUGCGUUAUUGAUGUGUCUACAACAAUGAUGAACACGACAUUAAUGCUGAAAACAUCGACAGCUAGUAGCGGAAGUGUCACUCAGUCCACCACUUCUGCUGCUACUGACUCUGCCGGUGCUGCUAAUCGUUACAAUCAUCAUCAAGUUGAUGAUGAUCAUGACACAAGCUCCAAUGACUCAAUGACAACUGCAAACGAUCAAAACAACGGUAACAGAAAAACUUUAUCCACAGACAAGCGAGAGCAACAAUCCAACAAUACGAAUCUUCAAGAAUCCAAUAGUGAUGCAAACAACAACAACAACAACAACGAUAAUGAGUCAUCCACAAAAACAAUACCAUAUCCCACAUUGACAGCGUCGACAGCAUUACUAUUCGGUCAUCACCACCAAUCACAACACUCGCAUCCUCUUCAUCCAUAUCAACAGCAGCAACAACACCAACAACAGAAUUUUCAUCAUCUUUAUCAACAGCCACAAAUGAUGAGAAAUAAUCGUCAAAACAACUGUUCCAACAACAACAACAACAACAACAACAACAACAACAAUAGUGCGCCAAUGAAUGGUUCGCACUCACAUCAUGUAGCCGCUGCGGCUGCUGCGAAGCUUUCUAAUUACCACGAAUGUGCAGCCGCCGCUGCUGCCACACACGUCCACUAUCAAAAUAAUACGGCAAAUUUAUUCACUGCUGCCGCCGGUUUAGCCGAUGUAAGCAUGGCCGACCUGCAUGACCUGACAAGCCGGACUGUUGUUGUGGGUCAAACAACAUCGGCCAAACCUACCAGCGACAUGUAUCACCAUCAUAUGAUGCAAACAAGACAUCAUCAUCAUCCACACCAUUCUCCACAUACACCGCAUCAUCAUGUCACGCAUACCACACACAACACACCAUCACAUCAAUCGCAUUCGCAUCAGACGGAUAUGCAUGAUUUUCUGGCCGGUUCAGCUGUUGCCGCAGAUCCGGUCAUGUCGACUUUACCGGUCGCUUUAGGACUAACAACCACCACCAACAACAGCAAUGGAAAUAACAACAACAACAACGGUGGCGGCGGUAAUGGUGGCAAUGGCAACGAUACAUCUGGUAAUGUCAAUUCGCCAUCAUCAUUGUAUUCUUCAACACACCACCAUCAAGCGGCAAUGAACAUGAAUGGAAUGAUUUCCAGUCUGCAGCAGCACCAUCAUCAUCAUCAUCACCACCAUCAACAACAUCAAACGGCUGGAAAUCAGUUGGCCAAUCAUGCACAGAUACAGAAUCCAUUUCAUGCCCAUCACGCGAAUUCAUUUGUAUCGGCUGCGGCAGCAGCAGCGGCAUCAUCGCCACAUCAUCACCAUCAUACCCAUCAAUCGUUGUCGGCUGCAGCAGUGGCUGUCGGUGCAGCAGCAGCGGCCGCGGCUGCCAGUGCCGAUCCAUCUGCUUUGUUGGAAGCGGCCGAUCCGAGAGAGCUAGAAGUAUUUGCCGAACGAUUCAAACAACGACGAAUUAAACUGGGUGUAACACAGGCCGAUGUUGGUAAAGCAUUGGCCAAUCUGAAAUUGCCUGGCGUUGGCUCACUGAGCCAGAGCACAAUCUGUCGCUUUGAAUCCUUGACCCUAUCCCACAAUAACAUGGUCGCAUUGAAACCGAUACUACAGGCGUGGUUGGAAGCGGCCGAAGCUCAAGCCCGCAAGAAUCGUAUUGCAAGGGAGACGACGCUCGACAUGUGUGUGCUACCAUCGUUGGAUAAGAAGCGAAAACGAACGUCGAUAGCGGCGCCAGAGAAACGCUCGCUGGAGGCAUAUUUCUCUGUACAACCGAGACCUUCGGGCGAAAAGAUUGCCGCCAUUGCCGAGAAAUUGGACCUGAAAAAGAAUGUGGUUCGUGUUUGGUUCUGCAAUCAACGACAGAAACAGAAACGAAUGAAAUAUUCAGCCGUCAACGGUCAAUGAUCAGCAGCAACCUAUGAUUAUGAAGACAAUACGUAAACUCAACCCUGUGUUCCUUUCCUUUUCCAAUCAUUAUUCGUUCUCUACUGCUAUUCUAGUCAUGUGUAAAUAUCAAAAAUUUCACACACGAAACCAAAUGUAUGCAUGAAUUUUAAAGAAACGAGAAAAAUUAAAGAUAAAGUGAGAAGCAAAUUA